AAACAAAACGUAAAUAUUUUAUUGUUGUCUAUGAGUUUAUGUCUUUUGCCGCUCCCCCUGCACUCCCCGCUCCCGACCCGCCCUGUGGAUUUUCAGAGAGAGAGCCACUGAGGGCUGCUUUUUUAAAAUAAAUAUCAGCAAUUUUCUUAAUUAAUUUGAUUUAUUUAGUGCUACAGUGUUCGUCCGCUAUGGACAAAUGUGGGAUUUGUCUUAAACCUGCGGUUCAACUGUUUGAAACGGGGAAGGAUGGAAUAUAUGCAUGCUUCAAGUGUCAGCCACUAGUGCCUGAGAUUACUAUUGGGGAGAAUGGCACGGAUCAAACAGUACCACAGACAUCUAGCAACACCGAAGAGGAAAGCAAUGAAUCAUCAUUGUAUUGUGGCCUCUGCCACAAGUCUUUUCAGAAGAACAUGCAGCUACAGAACCACUUGCGCAACCAUCGUGCCGAGAGACGCUUUGUCUGCACCUACUGCAAUAAAGCAUUCUCCCAGUCGAACAACUUAAGAGCGCACCUUCGUAUCCACACGAACGAGCGACCCUUUAAAUGUUCUGAAUGUGGGAAGGCUUUCACUCAGGUCACGAAUCUGAACAACCAUGUGAGAUUGCAUACUGGCGAGCGACCGUUUGUGUGCCCAGAACCUGGAUGCAAUAAGGCGUAUGCGCAGGUAACAAAUCUGAACCAGCAUCGCAAGCGUCACCUGAACGGUCGUCCAGUGGAGGCCACGUACGACUGCACCGUCUGUGGAGAGCAGUUCCAACAACGUAACCAUAUGUAUAUGCACAGACGCGAGGUGCACUCCGAGCUGAAGAGUCCGGGUCGCAGUGAGUCGCGGCGCGCGAGCUGUACUGUCUGCGGACUGAGCUUCGCCAACCACAGUCUGCUACAGAGACACGUGACACAGCAUCAUAACACUAGCGCGGACACCGACGACAAUGACAAGACGGAGUACUCGUGCGUGUUCUCGUCGUGCGGCGCGCGCCUGCCGUCGGCGCGCGAGCACACGGAGCACCUGCUGCGCCAGCACCAGCUGCGGGUCCUGGCGCACUCCGCGCACCCGCCGCGCAGGGGCCGCCCGCCUAAGAUGAUGAAAGACCCGUUGGAAAUAAAAGAGGAAGAUUAUCAUGAAGUAAAAAUAAGGAAAUCCUCCCAGCCGCAAUACUUGCCCAAGUUAAAAGUGCAGAGUUUAUUCCAGUGAAAUACUUUAGUAAGUGCAACAUGUAGGCGUCUGUUCAGACUUGUGACGUACAUACAUACCUUCAUAUGAAAUAACUACUUUAUUUCGUAAGCAAAAAAAUGCAUUUUGCGAUCUCGUCAGCUUGUCUGAACAAACCCAUAGUGUAAAUGUUGACGCGGGAGUCCGGACAUUGUUGUAUUUCUCUAAGUUAGGGCCAACUAGGUAAGAAGAUAUGCUUUGUACUAAUUAUUAUUAUUAUUUGUACUUAAUUUUUACUUUGUCUUGUGUAAUUACAGGCCUAUUUUGUUGUACAUUGGUACUGGUAUAUUCCAUUUUAGUUGUAUGACGUAAUUCAUAAUUGGUACUUUAUCGCGGUUAGGUAGGGACCGGUGAAGGAGGAACCUAGGUAGAGAAAGAGCAUAUAUUGUGUUCAUAAUAAGGUUGAUAUUCGGACCGAGAAGAUCGAAUCUCACCAUGUGGCAUCGAUUUGAAUGUAUAAACAUAAAAUAAGGUUAUAUUUCGAUUUUUUCUAUGAAUUCAAUAUAAAAUAACGAUCGUUUUGCAUUAAUUACGUCAUACAUGUCUUUCAUAUAAAAUAGAUUAUUUACAAUAUAAAUCGAAUAUUUAGUUACAGAGUAUAAAACUGUUUUUGCAAAUUUAUUUAGGGUGAGAAAUAUUUUAUAAGUACAGCGAAGUAGUGAUAGCAAAAUUUUAUUAUUUGCACGAAAAAUGAUUCUCAAAAAUAUGUAAAAUUAUUAAGAAUAAUGAAAAUCAACAGUUAUAAAUAAUAAUGUUAAGUGAUAAUAAAUAAGUGCAAUUUAUUGUAACAACUUUGUAACAUUGUUUGUUACGUUAGGAUAAGUAUUAACUUUCAAUAUUUUAUUUUUCACUUCCAAGCCGUAGUUUGUAAAUGUCAAUAGAUAUAUAAAUAGUUCAUGGGCAGGCAGAGGGCUUAGUACGACUUUGUUUCACGUUUAACGUAAUUGGAAUGAGACUGCGUUCGGCGCGUGGCGCGGCGUGGCGCGGCGCGGCGGGUGGUUCAUUAGAGCCGGCCAAUCAGAGCGUCGUACGCG